CGCAGCAGAGAGCUACAGCUGCAGAGCUAAAAUGGAAUAAAUGUCAACCUCCAGGGAGAAAGUGAUCCUUUCCGCCAUCAUGUGGGGAAGGAGACGGUGAAAGGACAGAACACGGGGCAGGUUUCAGACCUGAGAAAGCGGAGCGAACUGAUCGCAGCACCCUGAGAUUGCAGCCAGUGGGCAGAGCCAGCUAGUAACCUCCCUGCAGCCGGCAAGUCUGCGCUGAUGAGAGGCUGCCAGAAACGCACACUCAGCGUCACACGCAGCACCUACCGAUACUGGUAGAGACAAGUCAGGGAUUCGAGCUGCCGCUCUACCGAUCCAGUACCAGGUGUGACUCAGGACAAAGGAGCAGAAGCCUGAAAGGACGUUUGGGGGGGCUUUAAGUGCAUUGUUUGCUGGACUGGAAAGAUGAUGGAAAGCACGGGAGGGCCGUAUCUGAACACGGCUGCUGUGACAUCCCCUGUGGGAAUAGCUCGUUUGCUGCAGAUGACGUUUGGAUGCACCACGUUCAGCCUGGUAGCCCACCAGGGGGGAUUCAGCGCGGCCUACGGCACUUUCUGCAUGUUUGUCUGGACCUUCUGUUUCGCCAUCACCGUCUUCAUCAUCACCUGCGAAUUCACGCAUCUGCACAGCUGCCUGACCAUUUCCUGGGGAAACUUCACAGCUGCUUUUGCCAUGCUCGCCACGCUCAUGUCCGUCACGGCCGCAGUGAUCUACCCGCUCUACUUUGUCCAGCUCGGCUGUUACCCCAUCGGCUGUGAGGUGAGAGACUUUCGCAUCGCAGCCAGCGUCUUCGCUGGCCUCCUGUUUGUCGUGUAUGCCGUCGAGGUGUUCCUAACCAGGGCAAAGCCGGGACAAGUCACCAGCUACAUGGCCACCGUCUCUGGGCUCCUGAAGAUCGUACAGGCCUUCGUGGCCUGCAUCAUCUUUGGGGCGCUGGUGAACGACAGCCAAUAUAGCAAAUACGUGGCGACGCAGUGGUGCGUGGCUGUCUACAGCUUUUGCUUUGUGGUGACAGUGGUGGUAGUGGCCUUCAGCGUCACAGGUAAGACUGCCUUGCUGUGGUUCCCCUUCGAGCGCUCUGUGGUCGUCUACACUUUCGGGGCUGUGCUGCUGUACAUGAGCGCAGCGGUCAUCUGGCCAGUGUUCUGCUUCGACAGCAAGUACGGCUCCCCGCGGCGACCCGGCCUCUGCGCCAAGGGCAAGUGCCCCUGGGACAGCCAGCUGGUCAUCGCCAUCUUCACCUACGUGAACCUGCUGCUCUACGUUGUGGAUCUGGCAUACUCCCAGCGCAUCCGCUUUGUCUCGCACCUCUGAAAUGCGGGUCUGCUGCUGCGAAGCCAUCCCAGCGGCGUAAGCAACAGCAGUCGGGGAUGUGGCAGGAGACGGGAUGCGGGGAAGGGAGGUGCUGAUCAGGCAGGUGCACAAGAACCAUCAACCAAACUUCAGGGUCAAGACUGACUGGACCAGCAAAUUAACGACCUGCAGUGGGUGGGCUGCAGCUGACGCUCGGAAAAGCCCACCUCCUCCAUCAUUCAACAUCUGCUUCAGCUGCCUGGUGCCAGAGCGAAGAAACGAUGCAGCUCAAAAGUUCGCAAAAUGGCCUUUCAUCUCCAGGCGGCAGAAACGCUUGCUGCUGCAACAGCGGGUCUGCAGGCUACUGGAUUACUGAGCCAAAUAUUAGGAAAGACACCAAGGAUUUUGAAACUGUUACCAACGCCUAACCUUAAUCAAGUGACUACCCAGGAAGUGGGAAAGUUAAAAGCUACAUCAAGGAACACCAGUUCUGGAGAUGAAAAACAAUCCCUCAGAGUUUGGGUUAGUUUGGGCUGUGUGGUGAGACAUGAAAUGCAAGUGUGGGAAAUUCCAGUCAGGAUGUUUCUGAGAACAACAUCAUAGCUGUAAUAGUAUUUUGAAAACUACCAGUCCUCGCCUCGCCUCGCCUCGCCUCUCCUCUCCUUUGCUGUGUAGCACAGAAAAAGAAUAUCCUCAAGCAUGCAACUUGGGGGGGGGAAGCAUGGGACAUUCCUAUUUAGCAAACACUGAGUCAUUAUAGAAAUGAAAAUUUUCAAAAUCGGGGCUCUACUGCCAAGAAACAGGGUGCAGAACAGAGCCGAACUGCAAAAUAACCAUGUAACUUGACAUCCUCGCUCAAGCAGGACCAGAAGGUACCUUGGCACAUGCUUUGUCUCAGUUCAUAUGCCACUGUUUUACACUCAUGUCAAGAAUUUUUUUUCUGGAAGCUUAAAGAUAAAUUCUGGGGGGAGGGAGGAAGGGGAUGCAGAGAUUAAUUGAUCUCACGGCGCUGCAUAAAAGACCAAACCUGGUGGGGGGUGGGUGGGGGAACAUGGAUGGGACAUGCCAAAACUUAAAUACAACGGUAACAAAUUGGGAGCACUGCCUCAGACCAGAUCAGGCACUAGGAUUCCCGAGCUCUUUGUGUCACCAACGAGCUGCAUUUCUCUGACCCACCCCUGAAAAAACACCCACUUUGAAGUCCCACACUGCAUAGCUCAGAUUUCAAGCUUAAUAGGAACAAAUGUCCUUCAUUUCUGAUCCAGUGAGAAACCAAAGCAGUCUGAGUACUUGUGCAGAAAGCAUGCAGACUAGAUAGGUUUGACUAAAAUCUAAAGUAGCUGACUGUCAAGAGCAAGAUUUAUUUUUUAACCAAAUUAAAAUAAAGCUGAAUGUCAGACUUACAUACUACAUCUCCAGAGAUCUGUAUAGUUUCAUCUUGGUCUCCACACAGCUUUUAUUUCACCAGACAUAGCCCUUCUGCUUUCUGCCAGAAAGCGCAGCUCAAUUUAUUUUGAUGUAUGAAGCCUGAACGCAGCCCCAAAAAAGUGUAUACCCAAGACGGCUGAGACCUCUGACUGACAUUCUUUGUAGCAGAGUCACUCUGCUAGAGGAAAAAGGAAGGAAACUUACUUUUCAUCAGUGCUUUGUAUGGGGUUUGAAAAAGCAAAGGAAAAAAUUGUUGGUACAGAUUGCGUUGGAGAAUUCUGCUACCAAGUCAGAACCUGCCUUUAGCAGUGGGAAUUACCAGCCCGUGAAACAGGUCAAGAAUCAGUAUCCGGCAUAAAGGGAAUGUACUGAACAGCCUUCCAAGGGGUUUUCGUCUUCCACAAGUCCCCAUUAAGGGCAGGAAGUCUGGAAGAUAAUGGGCCAACAAGAGGCUGGCCAGCUUGUUCUAGGGCAUAGACUCAAGACUAUCUACUAUAGAUACAAAAUGGGAUAUUAGAGCACUUUAUUUCUUGCCACUCAAACAACUUAAGGGCUUGUACAAAUACAAAAUGCUAACUUGGAAAAAGAAAUCCGUUGGUAUUGGAGGAGGCAGUGUACAGAGAGCCACUGCACACAAAAGGAACCUUAAGCAUUUAUGAUGUAUUCUUUAUAAACCCAUCAACCUGGACAAAUUAA